AUGAAAGCCCUCGGUCGACUCCUUCUGGUCUUGGCCAUUCUUAUCGUUGCUUUUAUGGCCACGUCGCUCUCGCAGCCAAUCCCUGGAACUGGAGAACGUCCUAGCGGAAACGAGAGUCGUGGACAGUUUUUGCGUCUCCAUGACGGCAGCGGCAGUCGCAGCCAGGGCGGAAAUCCUAUUCACGAUUUGGCUGCCAGCGUCGAUUCUCUCGCACUUGGCGAACCCCUCAAGAGGAGGAAGAAAGACAAAACAAUUGUGGGUCUAUUCAACAAAGUCAUGGCAGGCAUCUUUUUGCUUUAUACCGAGCCCCCGCCCGUGGCAACCUCAUGGUACGACGACUUCACGAAGCUCUGGGAGCUGCGUGCAGUCCUCAUCGAGCAAGCGUCGCCGCGACUAAAGGAAAAGAUGGAGGCACUGGCAAAAGAGAAAGGAGAAUGGGAACUUUGGAAGGGAGGGGUGCCACCUCAAGAUCCUAACGAUUUCCCACCUAGCGAGGCAUCCGUUGCCGUGCCGUCAUCAAUGAAGUCGAAGGCUGUCAAGAUCUUCUCAAGGUUAUCCACAAAGUCCCUAUUCCCCUCACCUCCUUUUUCCAGUCUUAACAGAGUGCCGCGGUCGCUGUAG